CUUCACUCACCCGCAAUCCCGUCUCUGUUGUUGUUGUUGUUGUGUCGGUGACGCGGCAAGUCCAGCCGGCCGAAUAGCAAAUGAGUCAGCAUCAAUAAUCUGCCUAUCUGCGGAUGCGGGGAUUAAUCUACACCUCAAGGUAACACGCUCAGACCUCGAUUAGUGCUAAUAAAACAAAACAUGGCGGUUCCUGCAGCCCCAAAUCUGCAGAUGAACACGACGAGACAAAGCCCAGUAAACUCCACAGAAAACAACAUCCACAUCGACGAGAAAGAGCUGGAAAACAUCAGCAACCAUGUGGAGGACGGCACCUCUCUGCCCCUGCACUCUCCCUGGACCUUCUGGCUCGAUCGGUCACUACCAGGCACAACGGCAGCAGAGUGUGAAUCGAAUCUUAAAAAGAUCUACACUGUGCACACUGUUCAGAGCUUCUGGAGCGUGUACAACAACAUCCCUCCUGUGUCUGGCCUGCCUCUGAGGUGUAGCUACCACUUAAUGAGAGGGGAAAGAAGACCACUAUGGGAAGAGGAAAGCAAUGCAAAGGGAGGCGUUUGGAAAAUGAAAGUGCCAAAAGAAAGCACAUCAGCUGUGUGGAAAGAGCUGCUAUUGGCUACAAUUGGUGAGCAAUUCACAGAUUAUUGUGCAUCAGAGGAUGAAGUGGUAGGGGUAAGUGUCAGCGUGAGAGAGCGAGAAGAUGUGGUCCAGGUCUGGAAUGGAAAUGCGUCUUUUGCCAACGAAGCGAAUGUUUUAGGAAGAAUCUACGAACUUCUUCCACAGAUAUCUUUUAAAGCAGUAUUUUAUAAACCACACGAGGAGCAUCAUGCAUUUGAAGGUGGUCGCUCGAGACAUUAGCAAGCUUUGCACAUUCAUCCCAUAUUUUCCCUCUUUUUUUUUGGACUGAAAUGGACUGAAAAUGGAAAAUCCCUCACGGGCAACUGCCUGUUCACGCUUGAUCCAUAUCUUAGGGAAUGUUACCGCUCUUUUAAGUGUUGCAGGUCACCCUUCAUGCUUUUCUUGAGGAUUUUUCUUAUAGCGGAUAUUUAGGCAAUAUCAAUAAAGAUCACACAGUAGUAGCAUAUAUGUAAUAUACUGUAAAUCAUCACGACAGAGCGAUGUUGCCAUCUGUUAUGUUUAUCCCCCUUUUUUUAUAUUAGUCAAAUCCAUCGACACGGUUGCUGCUUUUCAGAGUACAUGUACUCAUCGUGUUAGAAACUUGAUAUUUCUUUCACAAAAUCGUAGUGUCCAACGGGAUCAUGGGAUAGUACUUUUAGGGCUGUUUUCUUAGACACGCAGUAGAUGUAUUAUUAACUAUAUUUUAUGCAAAAGUAUUGCACAUUUCUCUUUAUAAAAAUCUCUUCGGCUUUGGAAUGACAACUGAUUUCGCAGAAAAUCUUAAGUUGGUGUAAGACAACCUUGGUUAUAAUCUUAAGUGUAAAGCUAAAUGCAUAUGCAAUUGCCCGUUUUAAAUCCAAAACGAUGAUAUAACCCAGACCUAAAUCAAAGUUUCUGCACAUGAGGGUAAAAUCUUGCAUCUUGCAAAUGGCAUAGUUUUUUAAUGUAUUUUUUUUAGAAUGACAUCAUCGCACUGUUCUGUUUAAACUUUCACUUUUAAGAUGCAACUUAUGGUUACAUGCAUUGUGGUUAAAAUUCUGCAUUUUGUUUGGUGUAUAUUAACUGUCGUUCUUGUUUUAUACCCUUAAGUGUCUCCUGUCUGUGUAAGAAUUGUCCUAACGCUUAAUAUUUUCAUUGUUUGAAAUCAUUAAGUCUGGAGAUUUUUUUUAAGAAUUUGUUCAUAACUGCCUUUUAUUCUCUAUAACCACACUGUGUCUUGUAUCCUUGUACUUAGUUUUAUUGUGUUUGGAACGGAGACAUGUGAAUGAAGAGGAGCUGAUGUAGAUAUUGUCAAAUAAUGAUACUGACAUACCUGUGUACUCAUCAGAACAUUUUGAUGAAUAUAUUUUUAAUUUUUCAGUACCAAAGAGAUUUCUAUUCUCCUGUGAAAUUCAUUCACCAUUGACUGAUGGAUUAUGUAAAGAUCUGCACAUUAGAGACAGACUGUGUCUUUUUGAACGUAUGUAGAGGGAGUUAAACAGUGUUUAUCAUCAUGCUUUACUGAUGUAUCUUUUCAAAAUCUCUCGCUCUCUCUCUUUUUUUUUUUUUUUUGCUGUCUCCAAUGAUGCUGUGUGCAAUUUUGGUUUGGUUGAAACAAAACAAGCCCAAAAUGACCUACAUGGUAAACCAGGUCCUUUGAUGCACUAAAAAGCACAAUUAUCAGUCUGUUAUAUGGGCAGAGGUGUGCGGCUGAUCUUUCGUAUUUCCAUCUUAUCCUACCUAUCACAGAUCUCUCUAUGAGAUGUGAGUACGGAGCUUUUGUGUAAGUUUUUCAGGGUUCCCAAUCAGGACCUGAACCUUAAACUGAUUGUCAAUCUUUUGGAAUGGUGCCUUGAGUUCUCCCAGGGUUUCACUCAGAAUGUUCUGGUUCUCUUUAUGUAUUUAAUCAUUUAUAAUAUUAAUUUACUUUUUUCGCUUCUAGGUUUUGAAAUAUUGAAUAAAUACGAAACAAUU